AUAUGUGAUCCUAAAGAAAGAACAGAUGGGUCAUGGAAUAGUAAUUGAAAGUGAAGGAACGUCCACCAAUCUUUUCCAUUUAAAGGAAUCAAAAUCUCAUCCUAUUAUCAGUUUAUUGACAUAAAACUUUUGAAAAGUAUCUUUGAAAACACAAUACCAUUAUGGCUGCUCUCUUUCAUGGGGAAGGAAGUAGUAGCAGUGAGUUAUCCCAAGGUCAAGCCCAUUUGUACAAGCAUAUGCUUAGCUACAUGAGUACUAUGUCUCUGAAAUGUGCAGUUCAGCUAGGCAUACCAGACAUAAUCAACAACAAUGCCCAAGGCCAACCCAUUACUCUUCCUGAGUUGGUCUCUGCCCUUCAACUUCCUCCAUCCAAAACUGGCUUCGUCCAUCGUCUGAUGCGCCUAUUAGUACACUCUGGCUUCUUCACAGCAAAGAAAGUUACUAGCCAAAAUGAAGAAGAAGAAGAAGAAGAAGUUGCAUAUGGGCUCUCACCUUCAUCUCGAUUGCUUCUGACUAAAGGCAAUAAUGAGGUCCCAAGCUUGUCCCCCUAUGUUCUGUACAUUCUUGAUCCAGUUGCUUUAACAUCAUGCCAUUUGCUUGGAAGUUGGCUCCAGAAAGAUGCAGCUCCAAGUCCAACAACGCCGUUUCAGUCAGCUUGUGAGGGGAUGAGCUUUUACGAGUAUUGGAGCACGAAUGUUAAAGUUGAUCAUUUCAAUGAAGCAAUGGCCAGUGAUUCAGGAAUAUUGAAGGUUGUUAUUAAAGAUUUCAAGCCUGUUUUUGAGGGAAUAGAUUCAUUGGUCGAUGUAGGCGGCUGUACGGGAGAAGUCUGCAAGAUUCUCAUUGAAGCAUUUCCUCACCUGAAAUGCUCAGUGCUUGAACUAUCUCAUAUGGUUGCCAAUUUUCCUAAUACAGAAAACUUGAAGUUUAUUGAGGGUGACAUGUUUCAAGCAAUCCCUCAAGCUGAUGCAAUUCUACUCAAGUCUAUUUUUCGUGGUUGUAGUGAUGAGGAAGCCCUGACCAUUUUGAAGAAUUGUAGAGACGCUAUUUCAAGCAAUGGUGGAGGAAAGGUUGUGAUAAUAGACAUGGUAAUAAAUAGCCAAAGAGAUGAACGUGAAGUAUUAGAAGCUAAGCUCUUAUUUGAUUUGUACCUAAUGGCUGUGAUCACUGGGAGAGAGAGAAUCCAAAAAGAUUGGGAAAAGCUCUUUUUGGAAGCUGGUUUCAAUAGCUAUAAAAUUACACCUGUAUUUGGUUUAAAAUCACUAAUCGAGGUUUUUCCUUGAUAGAAUCAAACAAGAUUAGUAUAUAUUAUGCGACCCCUGAAAUAAGCAUAUGAUUACAAAAACAUUGUCAAUAUGCAAAUUUGUUCGUCAGCAAGGGGAACUCUAGUUUUUUAUCCGAAGACUUUCCUGUAUAAUUUACUUUCAUGUAAUGGAAAUGGAAAUAAAAGCUUCAUGAUCUAGAGAUCUUAGUUCU